GCGUCCGAUCUGUCAAUCAAUUACUUGGACGAAUUGGUAUUAUAAAAUGGUCCAUCGCCUUUCUAUAACUUAAUAUUUUUAUUUUAAUAUAAAAAGUGUCUGACUGUUAUUAAAUGAAACCCCAGUUUAAAACAUUUUUUUAAUACAAUUAUAUUACAACUAUGUCCAACACAGAGGAAGCGAUGGAAGCUGCAGAAGUAGGAGAGAAUUCAAAUGGAUCUUCAAGUGACACAACUUCAUCAAGGGGCAAAGAAGGAGAUUUUGAAAGUAAAAUUGAAACUGAUCGUUCAAAAAGAUUUGAGUUUUUGCUUAAACAAACUGAGAUUUUUUCACAUUUUAUGAGUAAUACCCCAAAGUCUGGAAGUAGUCCACCGAAAGCUAAAGCUGGAAGACCUAAAAAAAACAAAGACCCUGAAUUACCUGGAUCAGCUGGCGAUCAUCGUCAUCGGAAAACAGAGCAAGAGGAGGAUGAAGAACUCUUAGCUGAAACAAAUACAAAAACUAAAACAAUUUUCCGAUUUGAAGCAUCACCUCCAUAUGUUAAGAAUGGAGAAAUGCGUGAUUAUCAAGUGCGUGGUCUGAAUUGGAUGAUUUCAUUAUAUGAGAAUGGUAUCAAUGGAAUCUUAGCUGAUGAGAUGGGUCUUGGAAAAACUUUACAAACAAUAUCACUGUUGGGAUAUAUGAAACAUUUUAGAAAUGUUCCCGGACCUCAUAUUGUUAUUGUCCCGAAGUCAACAUUAACAAACUGGAUGAAUGAGUUCAAGAAAUGGUGUCCGUCGCUUAGAGCUGUGUGCUUGAUCGGUGACCAAGAGACAAGGAAUACAUUUAUUCGUGAAACAUUGAUGCCUGGAAACUGGGAUGUUUGUAUCACAUCAUAUGAAAUGAUCAUCAGGGAGAAAUCGGUUUUUAAAAAGUUCAACUGGCGUUAUAUGGUGAUUGAUGAAGCUCAUCGCAUUAAGAACGAGAAAUCGAAACUAUCAGAACUCCUUCGUGAAUUUAAAAGUAUGAAUAGGUUGCUGUUAACGGGAACACCUUUGCAAAAUAAUCUCCAUGAAUUGUGGGCCCUACUUAAUUUCCUUUUACCUGAUGUAUUCAACAGCUCUGAUGAUUUCGACUCUUGGUUCAAUACGAAUGCAGCACUGGGUGACAAUCAGCUUGUGUCUCGUUUACAUGCUGUUCUAAGACCAUUCUUACUGAGACGUCUCAAAUCUGAAGUGGAGAAGAAAUUGAAACCCAAAAAAGAAGUUAAAGUUUAUGUUGGCUUAAGUAAAAUGCAAAGAGAUUGGUAUACCAAGGUACUGAUGAAGGACAUUGAUGUUGUAAAUGGGGCUGGUAAAGUUGAAAAAAUGCGCUUGCAAAACAUUCUAAUGCAGUUACGUAAAUGUUGUAACCACCCGUAUCUGUUUGAUGGGGCUGAGCCCGGACCACCGUACACCACAGACGAGCAUUUGGUGUACAACUGCGGUAAACUGGUGAUCCUCGACAAACUGCUGCCAAAACUUCGUGAGCAAGGAUCCAGAGUGCUCAUAUUCUCACAGAUGACAAGAAUGCUUGAUAUUUUAGAAGAUUAUUGCCACUGGAGACAGUAUAAGUACUGUCGUCUAGAUGGUCAGACACCUCAUGAGGACAGGAACAGGCAGAUAGAGGAGUACAAUGCAGAGGGUAGUGAGAAGUUUGUGUUCAUGUUGUCGACUCGCGCCGGAGGGCUGGGUAUCAACUUGACGUCUGCUGAUGUUGUCAUUAUAUAUGAUUCCGAUUGGAACCCGCAGAUGGACUUGCAGGCUAUGGACAGAGCACAUCGUAUUGGACAAAUGAAACAGGUGCGAGUGUUCCGUUUGAUCACAGAUAAUACUGUGGAAGAGAAAAUAGUAGAGAGGGCUGAAGUGAAGUUGCGCUUGGACAAGCUGGUGAUCCAGUCAGGUCGCCUCGUCGACACCAAGAACCAGCUCAACAAGGAUGAGAUGCUCAACAUGAUCCGCCACGGAGCCAACCAUGUCUUCUCCUCCAAGGACUCCGAGAUUACUGAUGAGGAUAUCGAUACCAUAUUGGCUAAAGGAGAAAGCAAGACUGAAGAACUGAAACAGAAACUAGAAAGCCUGGGCGAGUCGUCGCUGCGAGCGUUUUCUAUGGACACGCCCGGCGCCACCGACUCUGUCUAUCAGUUCGAAGGCGAGGACUACAGGGAGAAGCAGAAGAUAAUCCCCGUGGGCAGUUGGAUAGAGCCGCCGAAGCGCGAGCGCAAGGCCAACUACGCGGUGGACGCGUACUUCCGCGAGGCUCUGCGCGUCUCCGAGCCCAAGGCGCCCAAGGUACAGGCGCCGCGGCCGCCGAAGCAGCCGAUAGUUCAAGACUUCCAGUUCUUCCCGCCGAGACUUUUUGAACUUUUGGAUCAAGAAAUUUAUCACUACAGAAAAACUUUAGGGUACAAGGUGCCUCGCAAUCCUGAGCUAGGCCCAGAUGCUGCAAAGAUUCAGAGAGAGGAGCAGCGCAAGAUAGACGAAGCCGAGGCGUUAACUGAAGAGGAGAUACAGGAAAAAGAACAAUUAUUAACUCAAGGCUUUACGAAUUGGACUAAAAGAGAUUUUAAUCAGUUCAUUAAAGCAAAUGAAAAGUAUGGCAGAGAUGAUAUUGAAAAUAUCGCAAAGGAUGUCGAAGGAAAAACACCAGAAGAGGUUAUGGAGUAUUCAGCGGUGUUCUGGGAGAGAUGUCACGAGCUGCAAGAUAUUGACAGAAUCAUGGGUCAAAUAGAGAGAGGUGAAGCGAAGAUACAAAGAAGAGCCUCUAUAAAGAAAGCGCUGGACGCGAAAAUGGCGCGCUACAGAGCACCCUUCCAUCAGCUCAGGAUCUCGUACGGCACCAACAAGGGGAAAAACUACGUCGAGGAAGAAGACAGGUUCCUGGUGUGCAUGCUGCACAAGCUGGGCUUCGACAAGGAGAACGUGUACGAGGAGCUGCGCGCGGGCGUGCACGCGGCGCCGCAGUUCCGCUUCGACUGGUUCCUCAAGUCGCGCACCGCCGUCGAGCUGCAGCGCAGAUGCAACACUCUCAUAACUUUAAUCGAAAGAGAAAACCAGGAACUAGAAGAAAAAGAGCGAGCAGAGAAGAAGAAGAAGACUGGUACAACGAACCAGAACACCCCCGGCAGCAAUGCCACCGGCAAGGGUGCUAACACCAGCAAGCGUAAGGCUGAGAGCACACCCGACGCGACGCAGAAGAAUAAGAAAAAGAAAAAAUAAAUCUUAUAAUAAACGUAUUUACAAUGUCUCGUUAGAACUAGUUUACUGUACAAGUAUUUAUUAACUUAUCUCGGUUUUUGUACCUUUUUAGAGAUAACUUAAGUAUUUUGAAUCAUGUACUCAUUCCAUUUUCUUAAUGUUAGUACAUAGCUUUCAGUAUUCCACUCUAGAAAUACCUUUAACUUUUUUUGCUCCGUUGGUGAAACCCUCCGCCCGAUCUGACGUAUGCUUUUAGUGCCGAGUUGUGAAGUGUUUGAAAUAAAUGAUAUUUGUAAUAUAAA